AUGAGAACAGAGAAAGAGGAAAUGACUCAAGAAUCAGAUGAGGCUUCUUAUGAUUCUACAGAAGAUGAGUACAUCUUGAGCGAGUCGGAGGAAGAUGAAGGCUCUUACUCUGCGCCUUCAUCGUUUCAAAGUCCGUUCCAGAUCAAAGUGUUUGCUAAUACUUCAAGUUGUAAUCGUUUUUCAAACUAUUGUCAAUCUCCAACUCUGGUCAUUGAGAAGGAAGAACCAAUUCAACUGAAACAGGGAAGUUCGGAACAAUCAUCGCACAGUAUGAGAAGAUCAAUGACCAGACAAUACUCAAAAGAUGUUUCCUCAUUGUUGGAGGCUUCUGAGGCAACAAAUUUACUUGACAAGUCAACUAGGAUUGAUCUUCCGAACAAGAAACGAGACGAGUUCAAAACCCCAAUACGAAGGGCUCGUAAAUUCUCUGCAAGAAGCGGAUCGUCUGCUUCUUCUUCAUCCUCUUCGAAAAAGGAUUCUUCGAUCAGUUCCUUGAUGGAAUAUUUAACUUUUUAUAUCCAUAAGGCUCCUUCCCUUAACGCAUCUGUUGAAGAACGAUUCUUAAGACAAUAUUUAAACUUCAUGUAUGAAAACAAACCUCGUGCAUUUCCUUCUCCUUUUCCCAUGUGGAGAUCAGUUCCUCUCGAUUUGUUCCAUCUUUUCCUUCACGUUCAAAAGAAAGGAGGGUUUGAUUCAAUGGAUCGUUCUGAUUGGAAUGAGGUGUAUUCCUUCUUGCGAAAUUACAGCUCCUUGGUGAAGAAUGCAGGUCGAAGACUUAAAUUGGCAGAUGAAACUAGCGACACCUUAGAAAAAUUUAAAGACUCGAGUGAAUCGCUCCAACUCCAAAUUAUUACUAAUAUCAAAAAGAAGAGUUUGAAAGAACUUCCUGAGAGCGCUAUUGAUCAAAGUGCUGCAACGACCUUGGAACAAACUCAGCAACGAAGCAAAUCGGUCGUUGAUGGAACAGUAUUUUCAGAGAGCUCAAAUAUCAACAAGAGCAUUUUCAUUGGUAACGCCUAUCUUCAACUGUUCAAGCAGAAUCAAUCUACGUCCAUCGUUAUUAAGAUAGGUAUAUUUGAUACACCCGCUGGAAAAACACUGUUUGAACAGAUCCCUAUCGUUAUGACAUCUGUUGUCACUUUUGGAAGUACAUUGUUAAUGACAACAGACGUCGACCCGUUGAAUGACAGUCUCCACCAAGAUACAUCAGUUGUCUUGGAAAAUGGUGAAUUAGCAUAUUCUGUAACUCAUGGAUCAAUCGUGCUUGCAUUUGGAUCCCCAUCACAAUCUGUAAAUGAUGAAUGUCGGCUCCCUUUUCCGUUUGAAGUGUUUGGCAAAAUCAAUGACAGCGAUUACACCUUCGAUAAACAGCAAAAACCCAAAAGAUAUUUACCUCAGAUACUGUCGGUGGUUGGAAAUGAAUCUGAAGUAUGGUGUGCAAAACUAUUGCUUAACAAUCCUUUGAAACUCUCUGGAGAAUCCAUUCAUCUAAGAAAAAAGAUAAAACAUUCCACAGUCGGAAAUAAUAUUAGUGAGAACUCAAAAGCACAUCGUUUUUCCACUGACACUUCCACAUCUUUUUCAAUGGAAGGUGAAAGAAUGUUGACUAUAAGAUAUAGAUACGAAGGAGAAACUGAGCAAGACGCACGAUUAGUCAGCAAUAAGUACACACCUUUGGAAAAUGUCGUGGAUCUGCAAGAAAUUCAUUCUGUAUUGAGAAGAGACAAUGUGAAUAUUGAGUUGGUCUCUGAAAUUAGAUAUUUCAAAGAGGGUAAAGACAUUGACCAUUGUGGUUGGGUGAUUCUACCUCCCUCCUUCGUAAUUGAAUUGAAAUCUCCAGAAACCAUGUUAAAACUAUUGCUCAAACGAACCAGCAGUAGUCACAAUUCACAGAAAUAG